AUAAAAUCCCUUAAAAAAAUUUGGUACCGAACAAAACAGAAACAGAUGUUUUCAUUGUUUUCUUCACAAACAUUUCAACUAUACUUGUUCUAAUAGAGAUUUGCAGAAAUUAAACUCAAAUAUACGACAAAACGUAGAGAUAAAAUAUUUGAGUUGUUGAUUUAGAAAUGAAUGAAGAAAUAGAUGAAUACGACAUUUACCACCAAGAUUUUACUACCGUAUCAGAAUGGGAGGUAUUUGUAGCACGAAUAGAAGAGGUACUGAUUGAUUGGAGACUGUCUAAAUCCACAAUGGUUAAGCAUUCUGUUGAAAAUCAUGCAAAAAAAUGGUUUACAAAAAGCGAAGAAAUAAGCUAUCAAGGACAGAAAUUUACUCUUUCUUAUAAUUAUAUGAACUGUAAAAGUAAACCAGAAAGCACUGAAGAAUCAAGUGAUAAAUCAUUGUUGGUCGAAAUCCAAGAUGGACUUUGGGAAGCCACGACUAGGUUUAUGGAUGACAGUGACGAGAGUCCCUUUCCUGUGUCAAACUGGUUUGGUUUAAAACAAUAUUUAAUGUUGUAUCCUAAUGUAGCACUUGUUGAAGGUAGUUUAAUUAAACUGGUUAUGAGUAGUUUAAACAUAGCAUUUGCAAAUGUUGAUUGUGGUGUACCUUUAUUUGUUAAGAUAAGAGAACACUGGCAACAUACUUAUUUAGGAUUCUAUGAAGACAAUGAAUAUAAGAUAAGCUUUGACACUAUUCAUUUAAAGAGGAUAUCCAAUCAGUGCUCCCACUUAACUGGCCUCGUUGGAUUAUUUAAGUCAAAAAUUGCUUCACCAGUGGCAUUGGAUGCUGUUGUUGUUUCAACAAAGUUUUCAUAUGAAUUGAAAGAUUUAGAUGCUUUUGCAUGGGGUCAGCAAACACAGUCAAACGAGUUUUUGUCUAUAGAUGGUUUUGAUGUAAAGAAGUUGAUUGAACUGCCAUUUGGCUGUGAUAAGAACCCCACAAAAAGUGUAUUACUUAAUGCAAUAUGGCCAAAAUUUAGAGAAUGCACAAUAGUGGAAUCAUCUACGUUUUCAGAUAUCGAUCCAUUAAUGGCACCAACCUGGACUCUAACUUUAAAGAUGAGAGAAAAUAUAAAUUUCCAAUUGUCAGAAUUAAUAGGGAAGGUGAUGGAACUCUUAGAUAAUUCUUAUCUAUUAAUGGACACUCUUGGCUUGAGUAAAAGUCUAGGACUAGUUAACCCAUUAAACAAGAUUACAGAAGCUCCUAUUACUAUAUCCAAAUUGGUGAAGGCUGCAAUGGGUCAUGGUCGUCAUACAUCUGAAUUCAAGGGGCCUAUAUCAGAUGAACUGUUAAUGCCCCUUUUAUACUAUAUAUUUCCUGAUGCUGUUGAAGAUGGCACUCAUAUUUAUCCUCCUGAUUUGAAAAUGGAAUUUAAACAGGAUGGUAAUGGAUCUAAGCUAUGCAGCUAUGUAAAGAGUAGCCCUGAAGAUUGCCUCGUCUGGAGAUUAUCAGUAACUGCAGCGAAACUGCAUGAUGCUGGUGGUCUUUCAUAUUUAGCACAUUUGUGGUAUGAAUUCAUUCAAGAGCUGCAGUAUAGAUGGGAGAUGCAAAUACCAGUUCCUGGCAUUGCAGAAGGCACACCCAAUGCGCGUACAUGCUUACUUCAUCAAAAACUACAACUUCUCAACUGCUGCAUCAAACGUACCAUAGAAGGUAACGUUAACACAACCGGUCAUUCUUCUGAGGAAGAGUUCUUCGACUGCUCAGAAGGCGAAGGAGCAGAGGAGCAGCCUCCCUGGGAUCGACCUGUCGGCAGACUGCAUCGACUCGGUGAAGCCACACUGAAAAAUGGCGCGCCGCUAUAUGUACCACGAACACAAGAUCCAGCUCCGAAGACUGAAGAUCAAUUAGAAGAGGACGCCGAGUUAAUGGUGCGCUUGGGAGACGACGCAAAGGCUUCCGAGCUGCGAGCUCGAAUGAUGAGUGCUUCACUUCUCUCGGAUAUGGAAGCGUUCAAAGCGGCGAACCCUGGUGCAGAAUUAUGCGAUUUCGUUCGUUGGUAUUCCCCAAGAGACUGGAAGUCUGACGAUGGAGGUGCCUUAGGUGAACGAAUGCUCCUGCCCGGAAAUCCUUGGGUUGAAGCUUGGAACGUUGCUCGUCCGGUACCGGCCUCGCGACAGAGACGACUUUUCGAUGAAACUCGGGAAGCGGAACAGAUUCUACAUUUUCUGCGAUCCCGCACGGUGAGCGGAGUGGCAGAAUUGUUACUUCCCGCGAUCAUACGAGCAGGAGCGCUGAGAGCUACCCAAGAAGGGGCGAUAGGAAGUAGCGCGUCGGUGGGAGGUGUCGACGCGCGCCGAACGUUUGAGAUAGCUGUAAGAGAGCUGUAUGAGGCUGAGAAAGAAGCUUGCAGAAUGCUUUGUCGACGUAAGGUGCUGGGUGGCGGUGAGGAGGGACAGGCGUUGGACGCGGCGGAGAGGGCUCGCGUGCUACGCGCGGCGGGGGGAGUGCUGCCGGCGGUGGCGCGGCGCGAGUUCACGCUGCGGGUGCGGGACGCGACGGCGCCGCAACUCAUGCGCGCCGCACUGGCCGACGACAUCACCAUCGUCGGUGCCUUUACUGAACGUAUCGUCUGCUUGUAGACACACACAACUGUGAUACGUUUAUUUAAAAUUCAUAAAGUGAGAAUGAUAUAUUUUCGUGUGAGUCCGCGCGGAUAAGCCUAUUUCUGCCGUGAAGCAGUAAUGCGUUUCGGUUUGAAGGGUGGGGCAGCCGUUGUAACUAUAUUUGAGACCCACCACCCCGCCUAUUUUCUGUCGUGAAGCAGUAAUGCGUUUCAGUUUGAAGAACGGGGCAGCAGCAACUAUACUGAGACCUUAGAACUUAUAUCUCAAGGUGGGUGGCGCAUUUACGUUGUGGAUGUCUAUGGGGUCCAGUAACCACUUAACACCAGGUGAGCUCGUCCACCCAUCUAAGCAAUAAAACAAAUCGCUAUUCCAAUCAAUCCAUUGGUCGGGAUAACGCUGCAGUGUGAUAACAUAAAUGAAUCUGUUGUAAAUCAUUGUUUAGGUAAUUGUUGGAAUAGUAUGUAAGUAGAUAGAUAUAUUAUAUGAACAUUAUUAUAACAUUAUUUUUGUGAUUUAGUCCAUUUUUACUAGGAAAUGUUUGCCUUCGUCUAUCGUAAUUCAUUUAUUAAAAUUUAUAUCAUGACAAUAAUUGCUAUUUCAGUUCAGAAAAUAAUAAACAUAUGAAAAUUAUCGCCUAAA